CUAUCCAAUUUACAGCAGCCGGAGAGAGGAGAGGACUCAGAGGAGAGUUUGGCAAUCUUAUCAUCUUAGUUAAUAUCUCAUCUUCCAAAUCGAAUUCACAUUAAAAAAAAGAAGAAGAAGAAGAAGAAAAUGGGUGUUGCCGGCGUCAGUGGUGCAGGGCUUGCACUAGGCUUUGCCGGUUCAACUCUGCCUCUUCGGACUUCAACUCGAACUCCUUCCUUCGUAAUGGCCGUUUCCAUCGACGAGAAGACCAAGAAGAAUCUCACUCUUCGCAAGUCUGAAGAAGCUUUCGCUGCUGCUAAGGAAUUGAUGCCUGGAGGUGUCAACUCCCCUGUUCGUGCCUUUAAAUCUGUGGGUGGUCAACCAAUUUUGAUUGAUUCAGUGAAGGGAUCUCGUAUGUGGGAUAUUGAUGGCAAUGAGUACAUUGAUUAUGUCGGUUCUUGGGGUCCUGCAAUUAUUGGUCAUGCUGAUGAUCAGGUGCUUGCUGCUCUGGCUGAAACAAUGAAAAAAGGAACAAGCUUUGGUGCACCUUGUCUGCUGGAAAACACUUUAGCGGAGAUGGUUAUCUCUGCGGUUCCAAGCAUUGAAAUGGUUCGAUUUGUUAAUUCAGGUACAGAAGCUUGCAUGGGUGUGCUCCGCCUGGCUCGUGCGUUCACCGGAAAUGAGAAGCUCAUCAAGUUUGAGGGCUGUUACCAUGGCCAUGCGGAUCCUUUUCUUGUUAAGGCAGGAAGUGGAGUUGCCACCUUAGGACUUCCUGAUUCCCCUGGGGUUCCUAAAGCUGCCACUUUUGAAACCCUUACAGCCCCCUACAACGACUUCUCAGCUGUUGAGAAGCUCUUUGAGGCAAACAAAGGAGAGAUAGCAGCAGUUAUCCUUGAACCUGUUGUUGGAAACUCUGGUUUCAUUACUCCUAAUGCUGAUUUUCUUAGCUUCUUGCGCAGAAUCACCAAGGAGAACAACACCCUUCUCAUCUUUGAUGAAGUCAUGACUGGAUUUCGUUUGUCAUAUGGUGGUGCUCAAGAAUAUUAUGGCAUUACUCCUGAUUUAACAACUCUAGGAAAGAUCAUUGGUGGGGGUCUGCCAGUAGGCGCUUAUGGAGGCAGGAGAGAUAUUAUGGAGAUGGUGGCGCCAGCUGGGCCUAUGUACCAGGCUGGGACUUUGAGCGGGAACCCUUUGGCCAUGACUGCUGGCAUACAGACUCUGAAGCGUAUUAAGGAGCCAGGAACUUACAAAUACUUGGACAAAAUCACAGGUGAGCUUGUUCAAGGCAUCAUUGAUGCUGGGAAGAGGGCAGGCCAUGCAAUAUGUGGUGGGCAUAUAAGUGGGAUGUUUGGGUUUUUCUUCACAGAAGGACCUGUGUACAAUUUUACAGAUGCCAAAAAGAGUGAUACGGCCAAGUUUGCUAGGUUCUACUGGGGAAUGUUAGCAGAAGGUGUCUAUUUGGCACCUUCACAGUUUGAGGCUGGGUUUACCAGCUUGGCACAUACUUCUGAUGACAUCAAAAAGACCAUAGCCGCUGCCGAGAAGGUUUUCAGGGAGAUCUGAAUGUAAAAUUUUGUCUGGUUGCUAAUUGAGUUUCUGAAAGGUCAUUGUAAUAGUUUUGUAGGUCAAUUUAGACUAUUAUAAUGGCAGUUGGUUUAAUUAUAACCUGUAUCAUUUUCGCUUCUUGUAUCUACUGCGUGUAUCAUUUUAAGCUGUAAGGCACUUGAAGGUUGUAAGCAUUUGAAUUCA